AUGAGUUACAGUACUUGUCAAUUUACUUGGCUUAAGCAAAAGGAAACUUUGGUUUCUCUUGCUGAAUCGCUUUUACAAGACGAAAAUUUUUUCGAUUGCCAACUUUGCGCGGAAGGUCAUCGUUUCAAUGUACACAGGGUAAUAUUAUCAUGUAAUAGUCCCGUUUUAAAUAAUAUUCUUCAAGAGCAUAAUUUAGAUUCUCCUGUUAUUACUCUGGAUGGAGUAUCAUCGAUAGAACUAGCUGCUUUGGUUGAAUUUAUGUACACGGGCGUUACGAAAAUAUCUCCGGAUCAUUUGAAAACUUUUUUUCAAACUGCCAAAACUCUACAGUUAGCUGGUUUAACUCAUUAUGAUUCAUCUCAAAUAGAAAAAAUUGUUAACGAAAGUGGUUCUACGAUUGUCGAUUCGACAACAAUAGACAAUUACGAAUUGUACAGUCAAAAUAUAUUAAAAUAUUUAAAUCAACCUGAUGUAAAUAAUGAAACGACUGAGUCAAAAAAUUCAAAUAAUUUAUCUACAAAUGUUGAUAAUAUAUUUUUAGAAGAAGCAGAAGAAGGAAAUAAUUUGGUGAAUAGCGAUUCAAUCAUGUAUGAAAAAUAUGAUUGCGAUUAUAUAAAAGAAGAAGAAAAUAUUGAAACGCUCGAUCCGAAUCUCAUCGAAAGUGAUGUUUUAUCGCCAUCUUGUGCUAAUGCUGAUGAAAAUGAAAUUGAAACAAUAGAAACUGAAACUCCUCCAUUAAUAUAUAAUAAAUAUCAUAAUAUUUUUAUUAAAAAUGAAGAAAAUUCAAUAGAUGAUAGUAUUGCAACUGUAUACAGCAUUUCAAAAGACAGCAAUUCAGAGGAUAAAGAAGACAUGGAAUUUACCGAAGUCGGAAACGAAUUAAAAGUCACAGAUGAGGAUGAGAAUUUUGUAUAUGUUAAAUUAGACGAUAGUAAUUUAUUAAAGCUCAAGGAUAAUCAAGUUACCAAAGGAAAGCAAAAUUAUGUUAAAAGUGAUCAGUUACUGUCUGAAAAAUGUUUGAAAGUUGUUAAUCAGUUAGAUAAAAAUUACAUAGUUAAAAGGCCUAAAAUUCAAAAUGUAGUGUCGAAAGAUUCCAGAUCGAAUUUGGAUGAUAAAAAAAUAUAUAUUUGCCUUAAAUGUGGUAAUAAAUAUUCACACAGGAGAACUCUUUUGCAUCAUAUACACUGGAUAUGUGAACAGCCUGCAACUUAUUCAUGUUCAUUGUGUCCAUAUAGGGGAAAAAGAAAAUUUCAAUUGAAAUCUCACAUGAAACAUGCACAUUUGUUAAAAAUGAGUUAG